AUGGACACCCUGUCUCUGCCAGUAAUGUCCGAGAGGCGUGCUGAUCAUGUGAUCAUCAAUCUUACUGCCCUCGGACGACGUGGCACUGUCGAUUUUCCCUGCCCGAAUCGACGAGUCAAGCUCACUCGGGAGAACAACAUCCUCCCCCUCGGCCGCGCCUCCAAAUCGGAGAGCAAGCCUUACACUCCAGGUACUAAGAACGGCUGGUUUACCGGAGCAGUCAUGUCACGAAACCACGCGGAAAUCGUUGCGGAUUUGGAUGCCAAGGCGGUGAAGAUUAGGGACUUGAAGUCUCUGCAUGGGACCUUCCUCAACCAGGAGCACGAACCUAUUGAGAAGGACAAGCUGCACUUGCUACAGAAUGGAGAUUUGAUCACCUUUGGGACGACAAUUUUGAGGGGCAGUGAGACCUUUGAGCCUGCCUCGGUGACCUUUACCUCCCACUUCGCCGAUGCGUACGCAGCAUCCCCUUCCCCCAACAUUUGGCUCAGUACCGCUAACGCCCGUAGUAGCAACCCGCCAGGCGCGAUCAUCUAUUGCGUGGAUGACAUUGAUGAGUCCGAGGACGAGUCAGUGUUGGACGAGGAUCUGUUGGCUAUGGAGAAGAACCUGCUGUCCUCGACACCUGCCAGACCAGAUGAUGACGAUGAGCCAGUUGAAGUCGCUGUCCCGGUCGUCUCGGCUGCGGGUGCUGCAGCACUUGUGGAUUUGACCGCUGAGGACGAGGUUGAACUUGAAGAGGUCGACCCUGAUGAACCUCACCAUACGGGCGAUUAUGACGAAGAACCCAUGUCAAUACCCGAGGCCGAUUCACCGGUUUAUGAACCAGAGUCACCGACAUACUCCCCGGAAUCUCCAUCGUUUGCAUCCCCGCACCUGUCCGCCUCAUCCGGCGUUGAUGACUCCUAUUCUAUCAGUCUGACCGAUAGCGAUCUCGACGACGAGGUGGAGAGCGACCAAGACUCUUGUAGCGAUGGCUUCGGCUUCGACGAUCCAUUCAGCUCGGACGAUGAUGAGUUCGAGGAGGAAGCCGCAGACGAGGAGGCAGCCGCAGACGAGGAGGAAGCCGUAGACGAGGAGGAAGCCGCAGACGACGUGGGUCCGUGGAGUCGACCUUUGACGACUCCGCCUUACUUCCCGCCACAUAUCGGAGGAUUUGCACCGGCAGGCUUCGAGGUACAUGUGCCAGACGAGCCUCGAUACUCCGAGAAGUCUGGCAAUAUCACCUUGGCUGCCAUUUUGAACCCCGCUCAAGAUCCGUCGGUGCCGGUAAAUCAGCCUCUGAACGGCGACGUGACUAUGAUCACCAGUGAGACGCUCGGCCUCAAGGCUGGCAAGGUAGCCUAUUUCGCUGCUCGCGAAGAAAACAAGGCUUUACUUGCUAGUCAAUCAGCCGAAGCCACCAAUGCCACCAAUGACCAAACGGAGGACCCUGUUGCUUCUACACCUGAAGUCCCCUCUGACCAGCCAGUCCCUUCAGUCCAGGAAGACACUCAGUUCGAUGGUGCAGCUACUGCUACUGUUACAUCCCCACUACUGGCCUCCGGACAGAGAUUCUUGAGCAGCCCUCCUUCGCAUGAGCCAACGACCGGCGCGUCGACCCUCGAUGACGAACUCGCCAUGAUGAGUGCCAAUAUCUUCAACGAACACAAACUCAUGGAGGCCACCAAUUCUGCGAGGGCUUCUACGAAACGCAAGGCUGAUGAGAUGUCCGGCGCCGGCGAGGUUCCUGCAGCCCAGUCAGAUGUCUCCCCGGGCUCCAGUGAGGUGAUGACUCCAGAUCGAGCAGCUAAACGCAUGAGAACGAGUCUCGGCGCCUCCCACAAGGCAUGGGCAAUCGCAGAAAAGGUGGGAUUUGCUGCUCUAGGUGGUGUUGUGGUACUGUCGUCGCUCAUCUACACAGCACCCUCUUUCAACUAG